GUUGCCAGAGAUUAUUUUAUCUAACAGCUGUGUCUCCAGGUUUCUGCUUUGGUGGAAGAUGGCAAUGAUGGUCAUUUUGGCAGCAGUGCUUCUCACUUAUGGAGUCUCUCCAGGAAUUGCAAUGGAGGCCGGUAAAUUUGGUGCUGUAGCUGGGAAAAACAGUGUGCUUCAACUGGACAUGGCUGAAAACUCUGUUGACGACAUGUACUUUGGGUGCAAAAAUAAAAUGAAGAAGAGGGUAACAGAAGACCUUAAGAAUGAGAAGAACAACAACCCAAACUUCACAGAGGUCUGGGACCGCUCAGAGAAAGAAGUACACUGGUCAAUUUGGAAAAGGUUUACCGAAGUACUGACAAAAAAACAGAUUGUAGCUAUCCGUACUUACACUGAUGAAGGUGUGUAUGGAGAUUUCAACGCUGCAGUUCGAACCCAGGGACCUGAGUACAAUACCACAUUCGGGUAUCACGCACUCCACUUUCUCCUGACUACUGCCAUUCAAGAUAUAAGAGCCAAAAAGAAAGAACAAUGUCUCACUGGCUACCGUAAAGUUGACAAGUACUUUAGCGAGAAUGUUGAAAACAAAUCAAUUCGCUUUGGCUCUUUCACCUCAACCUCACAGGGUCGUUACCUCAAUGCAAAGAAAUUUGGAAACAAGUCAUGCUUUGAGAUUUUCACGUGCAUGGGAGCAGAUAUCUCCCCCUAUUCUAAAGUGAAGUAUGAAGCAGAAGUGCUGAUUCCUCCCUAUGAGGUCUUUAAAGUCGUAGAGAUAAAGAAGAGGUCAACUAUGCAGCCAAACCUUCCAUGUGAGGUGGUCUAUAAAGUGAAGAGUACAGGCUAUGUUUCCAAGUUGAAUUGUGCUCUUUUUACAAAGUAA